GCGUUGCUUUUGGCUCCCUGGCUCGCGCAGAACCUCGGCCCCGUGUCGCCCAUAUCUGCGGAUCCGGAUGCCCAGCAUGGCAUCCUGCAUCGCCUGGAUGCUGAGACAUCGGGGCCUUUGGUGUGCGCAACCAGCUACACUGGCUAUGCCCUGGCCAUGCUACAGUUUGGUUCCCGGAAUGUCAUCAAG